AUGAUCAGCAGCUGUGGUUUGCACAGCCCUCAGAGGGACGUGGGAGUGCAGACCGCCAGAGCAAGACUUUCACACUCCCCAGCACGGAGCGACUGUGAACACCGCGUGUUCCUGAGUGGCCACAGGCCCUUGGGACUUUCUGAGGAAGACAAAGGGUUUGGACCCAUUUUUGAAGAGCAGCCGAUCAAUACUAUUUACCCAGAGGAGUCGCUGGAAGGCAAAGUGUCGCUGAACUGCCGGGCGCGGGCCAGCCCCUUCCCCGUGUACAAAUGGAGGAUGAACAAUGGGGACGUGGACCUGACAAGUGACCGAUACAGCAUGGUCGGAGGAAACCUGGUCAUCAACAACCCAGACAAGCAGAAAGACGCCGGAGUGUACUACUGCCUGGCCUCCAACAACUACGGCAUGGUCAGGAGCACGGAGGCCACCCUGAGCUUUGGAUAUCUGGAUCCUUUCCCACCCGAGGAACGUCCUGAAGUCAGAGUGAAGGAGGGGAAGGGGAUGGUGCUCCUGUGCGACCCCCCGUACCACUUCCCAGAUGACCUUAGCUACCGCUGGCUUCUCAAUGAAUUCCCGGUAUUUAUCACAAUGGAUAAGCGAAGAUUUGUGUCCCAGACGAAUGGAAAUCUCUACAUUGCGAAUGUGGAGUCUUCAGACAAGGGCAACUACUCCUGCUUUGUGUCCAGCCCUUCCAUCACGAAGAGCGUGUUCAGCAAAUUCAUCCCGCUCAUUCCCAUACCCGAACGGACGACAAAGCCCUACCCCGCUGAUAUCGUGGUUCAGUUCAAGGACGUGUAUGCGCUGAUGGGCCAGAAUGUGACGUUGGAGUGCUUCGCGCUUGGAAAUCCUGUUCCUGAUAUCCGAUGGCGGAAGGUUCUGGAACCGAUGCCCAGCACGGCCGAGAUCAGCACCUCUGGCGCCGUCCUCAAGAUCAUCAACAUUCAGCUGGAAGACGAAGGCCUGUACGAGUGCGAGGCUGAGAACAUCAGAGGGAGAGACAAGCACCAGGCAAAGAUCUACGUGCAAGCGUUCCCCGAGUGGGUGGAGCACAUCAACGACACGGAGGUGGACAUCGGAAGCGACCUCUACUGGCCGUGUGUGGCCACAGGGAAGCCCAUCCCGACCAUCCGCUGGCUGAAAAACGGAUACGCGUACCACAGAGGGGAGCUGCGGCUGUACGACGUGACCUUCGAGAAUGCCGGGAUGUAUCAGUGCAUAGCUGAGAACACGCACGGGGCCAUCUACGCGAAUGCCGAGUUGAAGAUCUUGGCCUUGGCCCCAACAUUUGAAAUGAAUCCCAUGAAGAAGAAGAUCCUGGCUGCCAAGGGAGGAAGGGUUAUAAUCGAAUGCAAACCCAAAGCCGCGCCCAAACCAAAGUUUUCCUGGAGCAAAGGGACCGAGUGGCUGGUCAACGGCAGCAGAAUCCUCAUCUGGGAAGACGGCAGCCUGGAAAUCAACAACAUCACGAGGAGCGAUGGAGGCGUCUACACCUGCUUUGCAGAGAACAACAGGGGAAAGGCGAAUAGCACCGGAACUCUCGUCAUCACAGACCCCACGCGGAUCAUCUUGGCCCCACUGAACGCGGACAUCACCGUCGGGGAGAACGCCACCAUGCAGUGUGCCGCGUCCUUUGAUUCUGCUCUGGAUCUCACGUUUGUGUGGUCCUUCAACGGCUACGUGAUUGACUUCAACAAGGAGAACAUCCACUACCAGCGAAAUUUCAUGCUGGAUAACAACGGGGAGCUGCUCAUCCGGAACGCGCAGCUGAAACACGCGGGGAGGUACACGUGCACGGCCCAGACCAUCGUGGACAAUUCCUCGGCCUCCGCGGACCUCGUUGUGCGAGGCCCCCCAGGCCCCCCAGGUGGCCUGAGAAUAGAAGACGUCAGAGCCACGUCUGUGGCACUCACCUGGAGCCGCGGUUCCGACAACCACAGUCCCAUCUCCAAGUACACCAUCCAGACCAAGACCCAGCUCUCUGACGACUGGAAAGAUGCGAAGACAGAUCCCCCAAUUAUUGAAGGAAACAUGGAAGCAGCAAAAGCAGUGGAUUUAAUCCCUUGGAUGGAGUACGAGUUUCGAGUGGUGGCAACCAAUACCUUAGGCCUGGGAGAGCCCAGUAUACCGUCAAACAAAAUUAAAACAGAUGGUGCCGCCCCGAAUGUGGCUCCUUCCGACGUGGGAGGUGGCGGCGGGAGCAACCGGGAGCUGACCAUUACCUGGGCGCCUUUGUCAAGAGAAUACCACUAUGGCAACAACUUCGGUUACAUAGUUGCAUUUAAGCCCUUUGAUGGAGAAGAAUGGAAAAAGGUGACGGUUACCAACCCAGAUACCGGCCGCUACGUGCACAAAGACGAGAGCAUGAGCCCUUCCACUGCGUUUCAGGUGAAAGUCAAGGCUUUCAACAGCAAAGGGGACGGGCCCUACAGCCUCAUCGCCGUGAUCAACUCCGCGCAGGACGCUCCCAGCGAAGCCCCGACAGAAGUAGGCGUCAAAGUCUUAUCGUCUUCUGAGAUAUCCGUUCACUGGAAGCACGUUCUAGAAAAAAUAGUGGAAAACUACCAGAUCCGCUACUGGGCCGCCCAUGACAAAGAAGCAGCGGCACACAGAGUGCAGGUCUCCAGCCAGGAGUACUCGGCCAGGCUGGAGAACCUCCUGCCGGAUACGCAGUACUUCGUGGAAGUCGGGGCCUGCAACAGUGCGGGCUGUGGGCCCUCCAGUGACGUGAUCGACACCUUCACCAAGAAAGCACCUCCCAGCCAGCCCCCGAGGAUCAUCAGCUCCGUGAGGUCGGGUUCCCGCUACAUCAUCACCUGGGACCACGUCGUCGCCCUGUCCAAUGAAUCUACAGUGACAGGAUACAAGGUUCUCUACAGACCCGACGGCCAGCAUGACGGGAAGCUGUACUCCACGCACAAGCACUCCAUCGAGGUCCCGAUCCCCAGGGAUGGGGAGUAUGUGGUCGAGGUCCGGGCGCACAGCGAUGGAGGAGAUGGGGUCGUGUCUCAAGUCAAGAUUUCAGGUGCGUCUGCCCCGUCGUCGGGUCUCCUGGGAUUGCUGCUGCCUGCCCUCGGCGUCCUCAUCUUCUUGGAGUUCUGAAUGUGGUGUCCCAGCUGCUCUUCCCACCCCGGCACUGAGGACCCGUCCGUCCCUGGGAUCACGACACUUCCUUCCAGUCCCUGUGGCUCCAUCCUAAACCAAAUGAAUUAUACUUUAACAAACUGUCCAUGACCGAGGCAUUCAGGAACCCCUUUCGUCCAAAAGAAUGAACUUUUCAAUGGGUAUAAAGUGAUUUUUAACUCGUUCCAAUAUGCCUUAUAAACCACUUAACCUGAUUCUGUGGACGCUGCAUGAUUUAAUUCAAUGGGACAAGUUACAGUGUUCAGUUCAAUACUAUAGGCUGUAGAGUGACAGUAAAAUCACCAUGCACAGGUGCUUUAAAUUUAAUAACAA